AUGCUUCGCCAUCAACAGCCACAGCCCUUGUGCAGCGCCAUGGGGAAGAAAGCCAAGAAGGAGGCUGCAGGGCAGGAAGUGCAGGAGUCGAAGAUGAUUCAUCUUCCCGACAUUACCACCAAAGGAAUGGUCUUUGCUGCUCUGGCCGUGCUGUUGCCUCCGUUGUUGGCGAUGGUGUUCUAUCCCACACCACAGGCCAAUGAUGAUGGCUUUCUACCCAGCUUACCCAAUCAGCUUUGGCAGAGAACAUGUCCGACCAAGCCCUCUGAGAUCAUUUGCGUUUCUGAUGGCAACGAAGAGGCUUCUAUUUUUGAGAAAGAGCUCAAGGCAAUGCACCCCAAAGUGCAGGUCAUCAUCAACAAGGAGAACAAAGGGCUCAUCGUGACAAAGAUGGAGGCCGCGGCUCGUGCAAAGGGUGCAGUCUUGAUGUUCCUGGAACCUCACGUGGUGGUCACACCUCAGUGGCUGGAGCCCCUGCUGCAACGCUUGGAGCAAGAGCCAAGAGCUUUGGUGAUGCCCAGCCUUGACCUCUUGGACAAGGACAUGACGACGUAUCAGCGGAUGCCCUUUAUCUACUGGCGCUUUGAAUGGAACUUGAACCUCAUUGCCUACAACCCGUGGCGUCAAGAGCCCACAACUUCAGAGCCGUAUCCAUCGCCUGCAACGUCGGGUGGCAUUUACGCCAUACGGAAGGCACAGGGCUGUGGGCUCACUUCCGCUGAGGUUCUUUGA